AUGGCCCAACAGAAGAGCACGAAUGCAAAAAUUUACAAAUGCUGGGGCUAUACUUUCGAAUGGAUCGACGGCCUUCACUCUCCAGUGGAGCAGUUGCACUCCACCAUGCUCAACUAUGACAAACUUGUAGAUGAGUGCCUAGAUCGCCUGGAUGAGAUCUCGCCCCCAGGUAGUGCCCGUGCAAAGAGCACAGGGCGCUCCGACGCUCGAACACCGAAGAGAGACCUGUACUCUCUGUUGGAGCAGCACGCAAAAGACGAUCCAAAGCUCGACGAACUGUGGUCUGAGAUCAACACCGUCCCGGACUGGGUCGACUGGGAGCAAAUCAAACGGGGUCAAGAAGUGUUCUUCCGCUAUGGAACACCGAUUCUCAAUGUACUCGGCUUUCAAAGCCUCCUCGGUGGCAUGGGUUCUCCCCGAGUUGUUGAGACCUUAGCCCGGACUGGAGGUUUCUCGGCGGACGUUGUACGGCGCAGGCUGCUGGAAACUCUGCAACACAUUCUCCAGGUGUCCCUAUCAUUGGACUCGAUAAAGCCUGGAGGUAAAGGUCAUAUCUCCUCGGUCCGAGUCCGGUUGUUACAUGGAUCGGUCCGUCGUAGGGUGCUGAGCCUUGUCAAAAACAGACCCGAAUACUACGAUAUCAAGAAAUACGGGAUUCCUAUUAACGACCUGGAUUGCAUUGGAACUAUCCAUACGUUCUCAACGAGCGUAGUCUUCCUUGGGCUUCCACGACAAGGUAUCUUUUUGAGGAACCAGGAAAUUGACGAUUAUAUUGCCCUUUGGAGACUUGUCGCGUAUUACAUGGGUACACCAACCGAGUGCUUUGAGACAACAGCUCGGGCACGAGCGAUGAUGGAGUCGAUCUCAGUGUCAGAGUUAGACCCAACCGAUACCGGUAGGAUACUGGCGCAGAACAUCAUUAUUGGUCUUGAAAACACAGCCCCUACAUAUGCGUCGAAGGAAUACCUUGAGGCUAUGGCGAGAAAACUCAACGGUGACGAGCUAUCGGAUAGACUUGACCUUCCGCGUCCCUCUUUAUACUACCAAGCACUCGUGUAUGGACAGUGUAUAAUGGUUAUGGCCGCGUGCUAUGGACUUCGAGCGUUGCCGAUCCUCGAUCACGCUUUCAUUAAGUUACGUCGCAAGCUCUAUUAUAGCCUCAUUAUGGACGAGAAAGAUGGACUGGGGGGCGAAAGCUUCUUCGAAUUCAAAUACGUACCGUUUUACAGUCGCACAACGCGUUUGGGGAAACGCAGGGUAUCCCAACCGGCAUGGUGCGGUGUAGAGACUCUGGGACUCAUCAUGGUUGAUGAUGGUACCGUCGUGCCGUUGGUGGGCGCCUUACAAGCCUGCGUCUCCGUUCUGCUGACCAUGAGCUACGGGGUCGCAGCGCAAAGGCUACGGUUAAUUCAAGAGCCCUCCAUCAAUGAUAUGGCUGGGCUAGGCGUGAAGCUGUUUCUCCCAGCUUUAAUCAUCAUCAAUCUAGGCGAACAGCUGCAAUUAGGAAAUGCGUUGAACUACAUCCCCGUUCUCAGUACUGCUCCCCCAAUCCCAUCUCGGAAAUUGAUAAUAACCUCUCCAUUGCCAGUUUGGUCCAUUCUUUAUACCUGUGCCUCGAUCGGCCUAGCAUAUUUCGUCUCCAAAGGAUUGAAGCUCCCGCCCUGGGUGACGCCGGCCUGCGCAUUCAACAACACGACAUCGCUGCCGCUCCUCUUGCUGCAAUCGCUGGAAAGCGUGGGCAGUCUAAAACCGAUUAUUAGAGACGGCGACACCGAGUCCGAGGCUAUUUCUCGUGCCCAGAGCUACUUUCUUCUCUGCGCUGUGGUUAGUAAAACGAUCGGUUACGUCGUUGGUCCCAAGCUACUCCAGGACGGCAACGAGUCCACCGAUACAGAGAAUCAAGAAGCAGACACAGAUCCUGAGACACAAAUUGGCACCACUGAACACGACCACGUCGACGAGGAGACAUCCCUUCUUCCCCAGCGAGCGCAAAAAGCCCGCCGCAACAUUUCUAGCAGUAUUCGGCACGGAACCCGGCGCAUUUCAUCCAUGUUACCCAAGCGCAUCCGACAGAGACUUAUGGCCCCGUUUGAGUCCCCCUUUGCCGAUGUGGCGAUCGGCUGUACCGUUAUCGGUGUGGUUUUGGGUCUUGUGCCGCAGUUGCAUAAAGCGUUCUUCAAUAAAUACGAGGACGGCGGGAUCUUCAACGCUUGGCUGACGUCGAGUGUCAAGAAUAUUGGCAAGUUGUUCACGACAUUCCAGAUCUUUGUAGUGGGGUGUAAGCUGGGUGUCAGCUUUGAGAAGAUGAAAACGAGUGGCGAUUCAGGGCGAAUGCCUCUGAAGGCGAUUGGGACGAUCUUUCUCGUUCGUUUGGUGAUCUGGCCUGCACUCAGCAUCUCCCUGAUAUAUGGCUUGGCUAAGAGGACUAAUAUCGUGUUAACUGAUCCUAUUCUCUGGUUCAGUUUGAUGCUCAUGCCGGCUGGACCUCCGGCGUUGGUGAUAUCCGGAUUGGCCGAGUUGGCUCAGAUUUCGGAGCUGGAAAAGAUGGCUAUUGCCAAAUCGUUGACUGCGAUGUACGUGUUAUCGCCAUUUGUAUGCUUCAGCAUUACGGGCGCUCUAAAAGCAUCUCAAGCGGCACUGGAGCAGAGGAACUCCGCAUAG